AUGUUAGGUUCAAGCCGCGAGAUUCGUCCUUAUUUGGCAAGACAGCUGCUGAAAACCACUCUUUAUGGAUCCUGGCUAUUUGGGUUAUUCCCCUUCACCCUCGACUCCGGAAAAAGAAUACGCCAACUCAGGCGAUCCCGCUGUCUAACUUUGUACGGCCUGGUAGUUAAUUACUUCCUUAUAUUUACUCUGAUUCGAUUGGCGUUUGAAUACCGGAAACAUAAACUAGAAGCCUUUGAACGAAAUCCUGUGCUUGAGAUGAUAAACGUAGUAAUUGGAAUGAUAAACGUUCUUUCAGCCCUGUUUGUACACUUUAUGAACUUUUGGGGCAGCAGAAAAGUUGGUGAGAUAUGCAACGAACUUUUAACUCUUGAGUAUCAAGACUUUGAAGGCCUGAAUGAGAGAAAUUGCCCAAACUUUAGCUGCUUUGUGAUUCAAAAGUGCUUGACUAUAUUGGGCCAGCUGUUAUCAUUCUUCACACUCAACUACGCAAUUCCGGGCGCUAAGUCCCAUAUAUGUCUAGUACUUCUGAGCUGCCUGAUGGAAGUUUCCCUCAAUUUGAACACCAUGCACUACCAUGUCGGAGUCCUGUCAAUCUAUCGCUAUGUAUGGCUGAUAAACGAACAUCUCAAGGACCUGGUGAGCCAACUAAAACUGAAUCCUGAGGCAGACUUUUCCAGGAUACACCGGUUUCUAUCUUUAUACAAUCGCCUUCUAGAGCUAAAUAGAAAAUUGGUGAUCGCCUAUGAAUACCAAGUGACCCUAUUUAUAACAGCUCAGCUAUCUGGAAACAUCGUGGUCAUUUAUUUCCUCAUUGUAUAUGGAUUUAGUAUGCGUACUUAUUCUAUCUUCUUGUUGGCCUUCCCGAAUUCCCUGUUAAUAAACAUUUGGGAUUUCUGGUUGUGCGUUUCCGUAUGCGAUCUUACCGAAAAAGCUGGUGACGAAACCGCAAUCAUACUAAAAAUAUUUUCUGAACACGAGCACAGAGAUGAGCAGCUAGAAAUAAGUGUCAACGAGUUCGCUUGGCUUUGCAGUCACCAGAAGUUCCGAUUUCAACUGUGUGGACUAUUUUCUAUGAACUGUAGAAUGGGCUUCAAAAUGAUCAUAACCACUUUCCUCUAUUUGGUUUAUUUAGUUCAGUUUGAUUAUAUGAACUUGUAA